AGCGUAGAUAAACUGAGAAGCUCAGCAGGAGUUGGCCUGAACGCCUCGUACAUUGCCCAAAUUGUUCUUCAGAAGCAUAAGUGCUGCCUAGGGGUCCUACCUUCACGACGCAGCCGAAAAAGCGACGCAAAUCGCCGUAUAAACCUCGAAACGCAAGGAAUCAGAAGACAGAGUCAUGAUGCUCCGCGCGUUCUUGUUCCUCGCGCCCUCAGCGAUGGCCCUCCAGCCCAUGAAGCCCGUGAGCUACGACGCCUUCGAGCUGGCCGCAGCGGAAGCGCUGAAAGACGAAUUGCGGGCCAACUACCAGAAGCGCGCGGCGCGCGAGCGGUCCAUGGCCGCCCAGGCCGCCGACGCGCUCGACGCGGCGCAGACCUUGGACCAGAUCGAGGCCGCGCUGCCCUUGGCCGACGCGGCGGGCCUGCCGGCCGACGCGCCGGAGGUCCUGGCGGCGAUCGCGCGCCGCGACCGGGCCCGGGCGACGGAGGAGCGCAACGCCGUAGCAACGCGGCGUCCCGAAUCGACGCGUCGACGGCGUCACUGACGGCUCGCGAACGCAGGUGCUCGAGGAAAUCAACAAGGCCGCGGACUGCCACGUCGAGAGCUGCGACGUCGAAUUGCUCGCGGGGCUAUUGGACGAGGCGCGGUCGCUCGGCGUCGACGCGUCGAAUAUCCUGGAAAAGGGCCGCGAGCUCGCCGCCGUCCAGGGCGACCGCGCGGCGAACGUGGCUGCUGCUUUGAUCUUCAGCGACGAGGCCCACGCCAUCUACGACCCCCUGGCGCCGCCGCGGAACAAGGCGCCGAUCCUGGAGGACAUCUCCGUCCUGGGCCCUGACCUCUAGAAGGUUUCCCCACUUGUGGUAGUACAUAAAACAAUUAUCACAUAGCACA